CGUCUUUCUCUCAAAAUUUUCGCGCCCGCGUUCACCCGUUCCCAGUCCUCUACGGUCCAAACCCUAAUUUCUGCAAUUCCCUCAUCGCCAUGGCCUCAUCCAAAGGCCCACUCUCCCGCCAAAUCACCGCUCGUCCGCCGUCAACGUCGCGUACCUCGGCCUUCACCGAACCUGCGGCGAUCUCUUCACCGACUCCCUCCUACCCCGCCGCCUGGGAAGCCGUCUUAGCCGACGGCGCCCCUCCGGUUUUGGGAUCUCAGACUGCAGGGUACCCGAUGGCAGAACAAGGGAGUAAUAAGUCGAACGAAAGAGGAGGAGGAGAUGGAGAUAAGGUUACCUCUUGGUCUGCAGAUGAGUACGGAUCUCAGAGUGGUGGUGAGAGUGGAAGCGAAGGGUCAUUGAGUACGAGAGACAAGGGGCCUGAACCUCAGGACGCAGCUGGAAAAAGAUCUGUUGAGGGAGAAACUUCACAGGUUCCUCCUCCCCAGAACAGCGCCGCAGCUACUGAAUCGUCUUACAGUGUUAGACAAAGAACUGUGUCAAAACUUCCCGUUUCAGCACCAGGACGAGCAACAGCACCUAGUCCUGCAUUUAAUUUGAAUGUUGGGAUGGAGAUAUGGAAUGCUUCUUAUGUUGGAACUGCACCUAAGGUCAAACCAAAUUUGGCAAAUGUGGCAUCAGGAACUGUUGGAGCUAAUAGAGUUGGGAUCGAACACCACCGGAUACAGGAUGAGCGAGAGAUGAAGAGAGAACGAAGGACACAAUCUAAUAGGGAGUCAGCAAGGAGAUCAAGAUUGCGCAAGCAGCAAGAAUGUGAAGACCUAGCCAGGGAGGUGAAUGAACUAAAUAGUGAGAAUAGUGCACUCAAGGUUGAGCUUGAACAACUUAAGAAAGGUUGUGAAGACCUUAAAGCAGCGAAGGCAGCAACUACGGAAGUGCUGGAUUGCUGGGCUAAAAGCUUCACCUGGAACUCAUCACACAUAGCGGCAGCAGCAUCAGCAGCAGAAGCAGUAGUAGCUUUCUGCAAUGGUCUGAAGGGAUCAAAUAGACAAGAUUAGUUCCAGCGGCAAAUUUAAAUCAGUUAACUGGUGAAAUUUAAACCUGGUACAUUUAUCGUCAUCCCACUAAUAUCAUCAUCCCACUAACUCGGAAUUAUUAGCUGGUAGCGUCUCAUGAAUUGGUCUGCUAAGUUGCUCCUCCGCACAUACAUUGUAUAAUAUCUUAUAUAAGUCUGUAUGUUUUAGAGAGAUUUGAUCUUUUUUUUCAGUUUAGGUCGCAAGGCCCCUUGCAAAAAGCCUGCUGGGAGAGGCUGUGUAUGAUGUUGCACUAAAUUUUUUUAUUUAAGUUAUACAGAUUAGGAGUCCUUCUGUUACCGAUAUACUUUUGUAAUCCUGAAAAAAGAGAUGAAAGCUAAUUUAACGUACGUUAUCCUGA